AUGCCGUUAGAAUCCAAAUCAGCUCAAAAGAUGUCAUAUGUUCCCUUUGGAAAAACGGGAAUGAAAGUAUCACGUUUCUGUUUAGGUUGUAUGUCAUUUGGCUCUUCUCGAUGGAAAGCCUGGGUGAAGGACGAAAGAGAGUCUUUGGAAUUGAUCGGAAAGGCUUACAGGGCUGGCAUCAACUUUUUUGAUACAGCAGACAUGUACUCAAAUGGUGAAAGCGAGCGUUUGUUGGGAAAGGCCAUCAAGAAAUUUGAUAUACCUCGGUCUCAGAUUGUGAUAGCGACGAAAGUAUUCUUCAAUGUCUUUGAUGAAGUAUCAAGGCAGUGCUCAUGGGAUAAACGAAACGAAUGCACUUUUGAAUAUAUUAAUACCCUAGGCACGUCACGAAAACAUUUAUUUGAUGCUGUCAAUGCUUCCCUUGAGAGAUUAGGUGUGGGAUACAUUGACCUAUACCAGAUCCAUAGAUUUGACCCUCAAACAUCGAUUGAGGAGACCAUGGAAGCAUUAAAUGAUUUGGUACGUUCUGGUAAGGUCAGAUAUAUCGGUGCAAGCUCAGGUUAUACUUGGCAGUUUCAAAAAGCAAAUGCUAUAGCUGAAAGAAACGGAUGGGCCAAGUUUGUAUCUAUGCAGAACUUUUACAACCUUCUUUAUCGUGAAGAAGAGCGCGAGAUGAUCCCUUACUGCCAAGACAGCGGCAUCGCUAUCAUUCCAUGGUCACCCUUAGCUAAGGGUUAUUUGGCAGGUAGAAACAGAAAGACAGCACGUACAAGUUCGGAUAUGUCUAUUCCUUUCCUUUUUCAAACAGAAGAGGAUAGUAACAAUAAUGCUAUCAUCAACAGAGUUGUCAAGAUUGCUGUAAAUCACAAAUGCUCACCAGCCCAGAUUGCCCUAGCAUGGCUGUUAUCAAAACCUUAUGUUACUGCACCUAUCGUAGGCAUUACUGAUGAGUCACAAAUAGAUGAUAUGAUAGGCUCUCUUGAAAUAAGAUUAAGUAAGGAAGAUAUCAAAUACCUCGAAGAAAUAUAUGAACCACAUAGAGUUCGUGGUAUCUAA